AUGCCUGGCAAAGCAAAUGCCUCCAAGAAAAAGUCUCAACAGUUAAACAAAAAUACAAAAAGAAAAAUGGAUGAUGAGGAAGUGGACUUGUCAGAGAAAGAGGUUAGAAACACAUUGAAAAAAAAUAAACAACCAAAGCAUCUGUCUUUUGAAGUGACAGGAAAAACAAAGCAUACUAAUCUAAAACAGAUAAAGAUAGUAUCCAACAAGAGAAAAACCUGGCAACUUCUUUCAAAUAGAAGCAGAGAACAUUUGCAAACUAUGAUGGAAUCAAUAAUAAUAACAAUUUUGAGUAACACUAUUAAAGAAAAUGAACAAAUUCAGUAUCAUCUUAACUACCUGAAAAAAAGAUUGCUACAAUUGUGUGAAACCCUGAAAGUCCCUCCCAAGAAGCUGAAAAAUUUAAAUGAGGUGUCAAAUCUACUGAAAAUGGAAAAGGCACAGUACAGAGCUAAUGAAGAAGGGCUGGCAUUAUUGCAGGCAGAAGUAGAUAAAAUUACUGAAACUGCAGAGUCAAUGACUGGGAAUAUUCAGAGCCUAAAGAACAAAGUUCAGAUUCUGACAACUGAAGUAGAAGAAGAGGAGGAGAAGGUAAAGCAGAUACUUCAAAUAGAUAAUAAUGGGGUACUUGGUCUUCCAGAACUUUCUCAGAAAAGUCUUAAAGCACCCACACUUCAGGAAGAAAUGUUGACACUAAUUCCAAACCAGAAUGCUCUUCUGAAGGACUUGGAUACACUUCAUAAUUCAUCCCACAUGAAGAACAUGUUAACUUUCAUUGAAGAGGCCUAUAACAAACUGGAUACCUGUUAA